UUUACUUCAUCCCGUAGCGUGGGAGUAACUAGGAAGCGUGGCGGUAACAAACAGGUAACCAAGGAGACAAAAAAGACGAUUUAUCUGCGUAAACAUGCGAAACAUCAACUAAUAUCAACAGACAUUAAAAUAAAGCUGUCAACCUCAGCAGCGGAAGGGACGUUACAUCACCAGCAAGACGCAUUUAAUAAGACAAACACAUAGAGGUGGUUCAUGGCUUUGCCGACCUUCUCGGCCCAUGUGCCCAGUCGGUCCCGGAUGCUGGCCGGACAGCUGGCCCGGCAGCGGGAGCAGGAGGUCCGGUGUCGGCAGCAGUGGGAGCUUCAUGCUCAGUACUUCAGAGAGCAGAGUGUCCGCAGCCAGAGACAGGCGGCGUGGAGCUCCCGGCGCUCCUACGAGCAGAGUAUGUCAGCGUACCAUAAACAGAGAGUGAAGGAGGAAAAGAAAGCCAGCCUGGAGCAGCGCAGGAAUCGGCUCAGGGCCAUGCUUCAAGAGGAGCAAACCCGGCUGGAGGCGGAGCUCAGGGAAGUGGUUCCUGACAGAAGCACAUUGGCAAGUCAGCUGGUGCAAAAAACGGAUGAGCUACGUACAGCAAGAGAGGAGAGAAGAAAAAAGCUUGCACAAGAGCUGCUGAGGGAACACUGGAAGAAAAACAACCCAGAGUUAAGAGAGGUUGAGUCAGCGUUACAUAAAGAUCAUGUUGUUGGCCAAUGGCAGGAGCAGAUAUCAGACAAGACACGGAAAGAAGCGGCACAGCAGGAGGAGAAGAAACGCUUUGAAAAUGAGUACGAGAGGACCCGGAAAGAGGCUCUGGAGAGGAUGAAGCAAGCAGAGGAGAAAAGGAAAGAAGAGGAGCACGAGAGGGCAGAAGAACUUCGCAAACAGAUGGAAGAACUAAAGCUGAGGGAAAAGGAGGCAACUCGUCUAAAGAAGGAGCAAGAGGCUCUGCUCAUCAAGCAGUGGGAGCUGGAGAAGAUAGAGGAGGAAAGGCGAGAGGCGGAGGAAAGGCGAAAGAAGUCUGAGAUGGGGCAUUUCCUGAUCCGGCAAUAUCGUGCUCAGCUGAAGAGGAGAGCCCAGAGAGUGCAGGAGGAACUGGAGGCCGAUCGUAAGAUUCUGGCUGCCUUACUGGAUGGGGAGCAGGAGGACAGGAGGAUGGAGACUGAACGAAGGGAACGGGCCAUUGCCGACGCUGCCUGGAUGAAACACGUGAUUGAAGAGCAGCUUCAGUUGGAGCGGGAGAGGGAAGCUGAGUUUGAAAUCCUACACAGAGAAGAAGCUCAACAUGUCUGGGAGAAGCGAGAAGCGCAGUGGGAGAAGGAGAGGAAAGCCAGGGAACGGCUCAUGAAGGAGGUGCUUGCAGGGAGACAGCAGCAGCUGGAGCUGAAAAUGCAGAACAACCGCAAGGCUCAGGAGGAGUCCCUGAGGAGACGAGAGAAGCUGAUCCAGGAGCUGGAACUGGAGAGGGAGAUCCGACGGCAGGAGACAGAACAGGAAGAGGGCCGUAAGACAGCACGGAUGCAAGAGAUAAAUGCUCAGGUGGAGCAGCAGCGCCAAGAGCAGUGGGAGGAGCAGUGCAGGAGGGAGCAGCAGGAGGAGGAGGACAGGGAGGCUCUUCAAAUCCAGGAGGAGGAGCUGAGGCUGGAGAUGCAGAGGAUGGCCAAGAAAGGGUACCAGGAGAAGAUCCACAGCAGACCUCGAUCAGCCUGGACAUGAGCAACCUGCAAGACUGAAACCAAAACUGAAUUGUGAAAUGUAGACUUUGGAACAAGCCUUAAAGGAUAGUUUCACUUUUUUCAAAUGUUUCUAAAAUAACACUGAUCAUAUGUAAAUCAUAACAGUAAUUGGUCUGAAGUAUGAUAGAUACAUUGGGGUUAAAAUUCAGUACUUGUUCCAUGUACAAAUGAAUUCAGUUUGGCCAAAGUUAAUAUGAGGCGUCAGGUCUCUGAGUUAAUCAUAUCAAACAGGCACAAAGGAGGGAUAGAGACACAAGGAGAGAAUUUAAUAUUUGAUUAUACAUUUGGAAGAUACCCACUUGAUUCAAAUAACUCAGACCCCUGAAGCCACGUUAUCUUUGGUUAAACCUUAAUAUGCAUUUUUACACAGAUUGAGGACAUUAGAACCGUGUUGUUUUGACAGCCAGCCAAAUAACUCUUACAGUACAUGCAAGUAUUGUUUUAAGACACAUUUGGAAAAAUGUGAACCUAUCCUGUCUGAAUCAUUCAUGUAGAUUAUGAGGCCAUAUAUUGUGCCAUCUUAAAGUGAGUCAUUUAAAGCUGGUGGUUUGUAGAGAAGAAUUGAUUUUUGCACUUUUAGAGAUGUAUGUUUUCUAUCCUGAAUUUGUAGAAAGUUUUUAAUAAAACUUAUAAAACAAA